AUGUUGGGAGAUCCAACUCGGCGUAAUCAGAAGCUCAGAUGCACCUAUCAUCGAGACAGGGGGCAUACAACUCAGAACUGCAGAGCACUGAAGCAACACUUGGAAGACCUAGUAGCAGCUGGACACCUCCGAGAUUACAUUGAUCAGGAUAAAGCAGUGACCAAGCCGGGGAACCCACCACCAGAACUGAACAUCGAGCACCCACCUCGGCUGAUAAUAAAUGUGAUCCAUGGAAUAGUGACCCAAGAACGUGAAGGGGCACUGAAAGGAGAGAUUGCCAAGGCUGUGCAAAUUCAACAAGCCAUGUUAGUGGAGCCCGCAUUGAAAAAGGUACGCACGGUAUCCAAAUCCCCCUUGUGCACUAUUUCAUUUACUACAAAGGAUUUAGAAGGCAUACAACACCCACAUACUGAUACACUGAUUAUAACUGUGGGAAUUGGGAAACGGUUUGAUGUAAAACGAGUCCUGGUAGAUCAAGGCAGUACAACAGACAUAUUGUAUUAUGACUUGUUCAGAAAGCUCAGUCUCUCUGAGUAG